CACCCGUGCGCACAAUAACAAACACUGGAGUUGUCGAAGCAGCCGCUAUAGUCGCACGUAAAACAUAUACGGAUAUACCUACCUACCUAUCUACCUACCUGGAGUUGCCGUAAAUUUUUUUUCAAAUCAGAACAUACCCCUUUCUACAAAUAAACUAGCUUUAAAAUGUUUACUUUGUCAUGAAUUUCCAGUAUUGAUUGUAAACAGCCACAACAUGCUAUUUCGGGAAUUUUGUAGCGCAUGUGAAGAAAUUUGUUUAAGCAAGAGAAGUGAGAAGUUAGAUCGUCUCAAGAAGCUCCUAAGGGAGUGUAGGCAAAGAAUUCUAGACGACCCAAACCUCACUACAUAUUCCGUGAUGCGUCUUCUUCUCCCCCACCUCGAUCGCUCGAGAGCAUCUUAUGGAAUUAAAGAGGCUUCAUUAGCAAAAUUAUACAUAAAAAUAUUUUGCCUUCCUAAGGAUGGACCAGAUGCAAUUAGGUUGCUGACAUAUAAGGUACCAAAAACUACACAAACUCUGGCCAAAGAUUUUGCAGACACCUGCUACAACAUUUUAAGGACUCGCUGUAGCUCAGAUGUUAGUUCAUUGAGUGUUUCUGAAAUCAACCAAUAUCUAGAAAAUUUAUCAAAAACCUACAUGUCAAAGAAGUUGGAAAACACAGAAAAGCUUCUGCAGCCUCUCUUGAUGAAAUUGUCUGCAUUGGAACAAAAAUGGUUAAUCAGAAUAAUCCUAAGAGAUGUUAAACUUACAGGGCUGAGUGACAAGAUUGUGUUGUCAGCUUAUCAUCCAGAUGCAAAGGAAUUAUAUGAUGUCUCAAAUGAUCUUGAGAAAGUGUGCAUAACACUACUUAACCCAUUAAGUCGAUCUUCCGAAAUAGAAAUUUCCCUCUUUAAUCCUUUUCGCCCAAUGUUAGCAGAUAGACUUGAAAUGUCUAAAAUUUUCGCGAAAAUGGGGAACAAGCCAUUCUACGUAGAGACGAAAAUUGACGGAGAAAGAAUGCAAAUUCAUAAAAGCGGAAAGAGGUAUGGGUAUUAUUCACGGCGUGGCUUUGACUACACGUCAAACUUCGGAACCAACUCGUCAUCGGGAAAUCUUAGCCCUCGUCUAGAGGAAUGCUUCCGUGAAACUGUGACCAGUUGCAUUAUAGAUGGUGAAAUGGUAGCUUGGAACGUCAAAGGUUCCUUUAUAGUGUCUAAGGGCGAAAACAUAGACGUCAAGUCCAUAUCUUCUACUGGCGAACUGAUUCCAUGUUUCGUCGCUUUUGAUAUUCUAUUAUUGAAUGGCGAAGUCCUAUCUAAUCUACCAUACAAGGAACGACUAAAGCUACUGGAAUCUGCAGUUAAAAUUAAAGAAAGUGUUAUUCAGUUUCCGAAUCGCAAGCUUGUUACGACAAAGAUGGAAGUCACUAACUUGCUUAAUGACGCAAUUGAUCAACGCGAAGAAGGAAUCGUCCUGAAAAAUCCAGACUCAAUCUACAAGCCUAAUGAACGCAAAGGAGGAUGGUUCAAGGUCAAACCCGAGUACGUUAACGAAAUGAUGGAUCAUUUAGAUUUGAUCAUAUUGGGUGGCUACCAUGGACAGGGAAGACGAAGAAAUUUGAUCGCGAUGUUUUUAGUAGGUGUGGCCGUCCCAUCCUUAGAAAAAGAGAAAGAACAACUGGAAUUCUAUUCUUUCGCUCGUGUUGGCUCGGGUUUUUCAGAUAAACAACUUCGUAGUUUACUCGAAAAAUUGAACCCCCAUUGGCAAAAGUGGGACAAAAAUGCCCCUCCACCAAAAAUUCACUGUAGCAGAGAAAAACCAGAUGUUUGGAUCAAUCCUUCGUCUUCAGCAAUAUUAGAGAUCAAAGCGUCGGAAAUUAUUUCGAGCAACUCUUACAAAGCCGGAUCUACGUUACGAUUUCCCAGAGUGGAGCGCGUACGUGAAGACCGAGCUUGGUAUUCCUGUAUGACUUUAAGUGAAAUAAACGAAAUGAGAAAAAUGGCUUCGGGAAAGCUUGUCACGCGCCAUUGCAGUUUUCAAGACGAUAUACCUAGUGGCAAACGCAUUAAAACAGCAAGCGUGAUUGCAGGAGUUGCUACUCCCUUCCAAGCAGCAGAUAUAUCUGAUGUCAAAAGGUCAUCAAACUGUUUUUCCGACAAAGAGAUUUGCGUUUUAAACGGCUCUAGUUCCUUUACGAAACAAGAACUAGAACGAAGUGUGGUGUCAGGUGGUGGUGUUGUUGUCCAGCAUCCAACACAUUCUACAUUUUGCAUUAUUGCUGCAAAAGACGAUAUACGAGUUAAAAGCCUUAAAGCACGACCAAAAUGGGAUAUUGUCUGUCCCGCAUGGCUACUGCGCUGUUUAAACUUGAAUCGCCUGAUUCCCUUCCGUCCUCAAGAUUUACUGGUCGUCACGCAAGCUACAAAAGAAAUACUGGCCCAAAACUUCGAUCGAUUUGGCAAUAGCCUGAGAGAAGCCACUUCAGUUGAAGAUGUUGGUCCGAUUCUUCAGCAGGUCAAAGAUUUGGAAAACCCGGUGCCUUUAAGUGUAUAUGAGAUAGCUGAUCUUGAAUACGAAAUAUUUGGAAAGUUACACAAGUACGGCAUUUUCCGAACCUGCAUUGUUUAUGUCGAUGUCUGGGAAACGAUAUCAGAUUUCAAUAGCCUAAUAAUUUCCCGAGAACUGCGGAUCAUUUCGCUUGACCUCCGCAUCUAUGGCGCUCAGGUUUUGAAUCACAUGGACCAUUCGGUCACUCAUGUUGUAUGUGAUCCAGUCGCUUACCCUCAUCGAGCCUCUAUGUGGAAAUCGAUAAAUCGUCAGCAAGAAGUCAAGUUUAAAUUAGUUCGACCAGAGUGGAUUGCACAUUCCAUAACCCAAGGGAAUUUGCUUGAUGAAAUAAUCUAUUGUCCCUAGAUGAAUUCUUUAUUUUGCGUAGUGGACUACAUUGGUUAAAAUUCACUGUAUGUUUUAAAACUUCGUCCUAUGUUUGUUGUGUUCGUUUAUUAUUAAAAUAAUAAACCGGAAAAAUAAAAUUGCCUGUAUACUGUA